AUGAGAGUGAUUCCUCUGGUGGAGAAACAACUCUGGAAAAACCUAUGGAAGGCUAACACUUCACCAAAGAUCAGACAUUUCGUGUGGAAAGCUACGUCGGGAGCCUUGGCUGCUAAAGAAGCAUGGGAGAUAUCUCAAUUUCCAGCUCCUCCUUCUGGAUGGUCUCCAACCUCGGUUUUCUUGAAUUUUCAUCACUUGCUCUCGCAUAGUAAGAAAACAGAGAUACCUGCAGAGAUGCACUGGUUUUCGAGAAUACCAAUCUAUCAGCUGCAGAAAUCAAGAGUCUGCUACUCCAGAAACCAGUCGUACAACAAGUGUAGCAACCCUGUGGAAAAAACCUCCACGAGACAUCCUCAAAUGCAAUAUUGGAUCAUCUUGGAUCAAUCCGAGAAGGAAGAGUGGAGGUGCAUGUAUUUUAAGGGAUCACAAUGGGACGGCCCUACUACAUUCUCAGCUCAAGCAUAUGCUCGUGAAGCGAAACUGCAAUGUAUGGUUUGGGCAGUGCAGGAACUCUCUCACUUAAGGCAAAGACGAGUAAUCUUUGAAGGAUCCUUGCCUCUGGCGAGAGAAGCAUUACUUCAUCUGGAACACUUCCCUCUUCUUCACUCAAAUAUCAAUUUGAUCUUGAGCUCAUUGGCCCCUUUUGAGUUUUGGAGUCUCGAUCACAUCACAGAAGAGGCAAACCAAGCGGCUGUAACUAUUACAGUCAGAGUUACAAGAGACCACCGAUAUCAGUCAUACGUAGCUGCGCAAGGUCCUUUUUGGCUGCACAAAACCAUAUCCUUGGAAGCUAAUGUGGCUCUGACCUGA